AUGGACCGCCGCCUCUUCCUCCACCUCCAAGGCGGGCGUCAAAUCUCUGGUGUUUUGAGGGGUUACGACAUGUUUUUGAAUUUGGUGGUGGAUUCCGCGUUUGAAGAGCUUGGGGCUGGGCAGAGGAAGCCUGCUGGGAUGGUUUAUCUUUCUUUUUCCGUGUUUUUGUUUGAUGGGUUUGUGUUGAGUGCGGAGGGGAAUCGGGCGGAGAGGGAUGAGUGA